AUCAUCCCGAAUACAUCACCUGUAGUUACUGUACAAAUAGCAUUAUUCAACAUGAAGUGUUUCAUACUGCUUCUAUCCAUCAUCGCGGCCACUCAAGCUGCCAGAUAUGAAUUGGUACCCGUUGUAGAAUACGACGGCGAGCUCUACAUUCCUCUCGCCGCCUCCAGCCGUGUGGUCCGGUCAGCAGACGCCCGCCGCGGCUACGGCGGCGGUGCUGGCAGUCAGGCGGACGCUACAGCCGCCGCCACCAGCCAGACUCAAGCCGGCAAUGUAGGAGGCCCGUUCGUGGGAGGACUUGGCGGCAAAGGAGGCUACGGAGGACACGGGGGCUACGGCGGUAAGGGCGGCUUCGGUCCCGGUAUCGGAGGCUCUACGUCCAAUGCAGGUGCCAAGUCCGGAGCGUCUGGAGGCGGUUUUGGAAAUUCCGACUCGACCGCCAACGCACAAAGCCAGACUUUCACCGGGAACGGGUUCAGCGGCUCGGCUUCGUCGGCUAGUGCUUCUAGUCACAGCUCGUCUGGAGGCCGAGGCUAUGGGGGAGGCGCCGGGUCCAACGCCGCCGCCACCGCUGAGAGCCAGAGCAAGUCGCACGCGUAAAGUUGCGCGAAUUUUUCCUGAUGAGUUUACUAAAUAAAGGGUUAAAUUUGA